AUGCCACCGGCAUCCGCCAGCCGGACCGGCGCGUGCCAGCGCUGUCACCGCAGAAAGGUUCGGUGCGACCGUACGAGGCCGUCAUGCGCGCCGUGUGCCAGGAUCAACGCCCAAUGCACCUAUGCAGCAAGGGAGCACCAAAUUGAGCUGCGACGCCAGGAUGUCGAGAGACUUGAGCAGAAGAUACGAGACCUUCAAGCAGAGAAUGACGAUCUAUCCGGCAAGUUGGCCGAGGCUCAGCAACAGCGGCGCGAGGAACGGGCAAGUAGCGGAGACAGGCUGGUCACCCCUACCACAUCAUCAAGCCUCGGUCUACACACCGAGGAUCAAAGAGCCUCUGCCGGCGGCAACGAAAUCGCCAGCCAAGUUAUCCAUCUUUCACUCAGUGCUGGGGGAGGAAAAGACUUCGUCGGAUCGACAAGUGGUCUUUUCCUCGCUAAUCUACUUCAAUCGCACAGUCAACCUGCCGCGCCGUCUCAACUCAUUGCCAGCCAACCUCCGGGAUUAAUAUCGAACAGCGAUAGCACAACAGGAAGCUUCAUCCUCAACGCCGCUUCGAGCCUGCCACCAAGGGCCAUGGCGACAGAGAUAGUGAAUGCGUAUUGUAGCCAUGAUCGACUCUGUUACCCAUUCCUGUCUCCAAAGGCGCUCGACAAGGCGCUGGAUGCCGUUUAUGAGGCAAGGAGUUCCGACUCGAUCGAUCCUGUUGACGGCUUCCUUGUCGAUAUGACCCUUGCGAUCGGCACGGCACAAGUUUACAAGCUCAAUUGGAACGGUAUCUGGGACGCCGAGGUCCACUACAAUCGAGCCCUGACGCGUCUUGUUGAUGUUCUCGGUCGGGGCGGGAUUACGGCGCUUCAGGCACUGCUUCUCAUCUGCCAGUACAGAAUGGGCACGACGUCCCACGAUACGAGCACAAAUGUCUGGCAUCUCAUCGGAGUGGCAGCGCGGACAUGCUUCGAACUUGGCUUACACAAGUCGUCAACUUACACCUUACCUCGAGACGGAGAUGAGACGGAAAUCGAGGCCAAACAGGAGGAUCUGGAGAUCAAGCGAAGAUGCUUCUGGAGCGUGGUAUCCAUGGAUCGCAUUGCCAGCAUGAUUCUUGGGCGACCACUCGCGAUACAGCUGGACGACAUCGACGCCGAGCUUCCUCACUCGGAGUCGAUCCCGGCCAGUGUACCAAUUCAAGGUCACUUGUCUACAGCGCUGUUUGGAACCCCAGAGUGGCAUCUGGGCACAGUCAUAUUCGUCCAUAUCGUGCGAUAUCGACUUAUCUGUGGAAAGAUUCUUAAUUCACUACACCGAAGCACGAUCAACAGAGAAAGCAACGCCGCAUACGAGACUACCCGAGAGGCUUUAGCCGAGGAGCUCCAAACGUGGCGUGCGGGGACUUCUAGCCUCCCGCUCAUUCCCGCCGACGCACCUCUCGCAUCUCCUGCAGGCAGAUCUAGUUUCCGUUCAGCGGAAUGGUACGAGCUGCUGUACCACAACGGCAUUCUCAUGCUAUUCCGACCGUCCCCCUCCAUUUGCGACGCCUCCAAAAAUAGCAACGUUUUGCAGCACAUGUUCGACUCGUCACAAGAAGCAAUCAAACUAUACGCCAACUUACAUCGAUCCAGAAAAAUCAAUUACUCCUGGGUCACUCUUCAUUCUAUAUUCAUUGCCGGCCUCUCUUAUAUCUAUGCCCUACGCAACCACAUUCAGCACAUCCAGAACCGGUCUCAAGGCAGUGGAAACGUCGCCAAUGCCACCCUUAGUUCAACUCCAUCUAUCAGUCAGGUUGUCAACGAUACUCGUGCCUGCUCUAAGGUGUUGGUCGCUCUCUCAGAAAGAUGGGCCAUGGCACGCAACUGUUCCGAAGUCUUUGACCGAUUGAGUGACGCGGUUGUAGCGGACGUAGUGGAAGCACAAAAUGGGCAGACAUCGGCAACGACUUUGUCUUUCGCCAAUCCGCCCGCAGAUGUUGGCCACACAUCCCAGCCCGUGGACAUGAAUCUCACAGACGCCAUGUAUGGGCACGAGACAAACCAGACCUUUGUCAACAUGACGGUGGAUGAUACGCUACGCGACUGCUUCGGGGACCUGCAGAAUAUCUACUACGAGCAGUACCAUAGUGAUGCGAUCGCUCAACUGUCACAAGAGUGGCUCUUUGGAUUAGGGGAAGCUCCAAGUCGGUACUUUUGA